AUGAUAUUCAUUCCCUUCCUUCCACCUCCUGACGCGAACAGGAAAGGUCAGCUUAAAGACACUGAGGAAUUUGUUGUUUUGUCUGACACCAUGUAGAACCCAUCCAAUGGCACAGGAUUGCCCAGGGAGCCUGCUGGUCCCCAAGGGUCUUGGAGGAGCCAGUUCCAGAGAGCCCUGGCCUGUUUCACCAAGUCCUUCAGUGCAUCUCCACAUUCUCCUUCUUCCUCCUGCCACAGACCAGAAGUAGAAGCAGACUGGGACAACCGUUACUUCCUAGACUAG